ACGAGUGUGAAUCAGACAUACAUGCGACCGACCGACCACCAUCAAUUCCGUUUCGCUCGUAGCGUUUUGUGGUGUGGCGCAGGCGGGGUGAGACUUUUGGUACUAUACUAUGCCAAACACAGGAUGUGCGUCUCCCGUCUCCUUGUGCGCCGGGCAGUAGCAGUAGCAGAAGUCAGGAGUGGUAGUAGUGUAGCAGUUCCAGUUCUGUGCUACGGUCGUAAAAAAUAAAAUAUAUAUUUUUAUUUUAAUCGAUAAUAAUAAAGUCCAGCUUUUUCCAAACACACAUUUAAUUGUCUCUCUGAGUGUUGGUACCCCGGGAGCAGCAGACGAGGGUGCAAAGCUCUCAUUCCGAGUGGUGACGACGUCCUGACAGGAUGAAGCUAUAGUGUGUGCCGUUCCCAGCAUUUUCCGUGGCUAGAGAAGAAAAAAGAAGGUGCAAAACGUACAAUCUGGUUGGAUUUAAAAGGACUACUGCUAAUUGCAGCUGAACCAAAAAAAAAGCAAAGCUGCUCACACUGCACACACACAACAAGCGUGCCCCGGAAGGAUAUGAAAUGGCGUCGAGGUCGGGGUUGGGCUGUGGGAAAAAUAUUCAGGUACCUGCAUCCUUUCAGCAUGCCCCAGCCAUUACUCCCACACUCUUUUUUUCACGCUACAUCCCAUGGAGUGGGUGUCUGGGCUGCGACACCAGAGUUUGGGAAUAAACGAAUGAACGAGCAGCAACAAAAAUGCAAAGAAAAAUCUUGAAUGAAGUAUAUAUUUAGAACCUUCUUUCGUGGGUUGGGCGGAUGGGGAAGAAAAUUCGGACGCGAGAAACAUUUUACUAUAGACCUUCUCGGAAGCAGCAUUCAUUCAACACAAGAUGAAGGCUUUCGAGAAAAACACUUCGAAGAUGAAUUUCUCACCAUUCGGGACGCAUUUUCCCGGGGCUAUUCCGGGAAUUCAUCAGUUUGCUAGCAGUGGUUUAGUCACCAGUGUGCCAUCGUCAUCACACGAUAGCAACAACCGAUAUCACACCAUCAAUUCAAACGUGAACAUGGCUCAUUUCAACCAAUCUCACGCGCCGAUUCUUGGAAAAUUCCGCCCAGAGGACGCACCCAACCUGGUUAACUCGAAUAAAUAUAACGGUCACAAUAGUGUCAGCUCUGCGUCAGCCACAACUACUAGUGGACAAUAUUCCAUACCGUACAGCCAACACUCGGACGUAAAUGACCAUAAACAGCGCAACAUGUACCCUCAAACUACGAUAACCACCUCAACGUCAGCACCAGCUCAAUCUUCCCAAGAACUUACUCAGGAUAUAAGCGCUUUACUACAGCAAGCGGACAGCAAACGUGUCCUUCAGAAUCCCAGUUGGCAAUCGCUGGCGCCUGGUGCUUCCGUUGCCGACUAUCUUUCGCAUCUUCCGGGAACAGCACUUCCACUGUCACUGCAUCACUUCCUGAAAUACUCGGCUGAGAACAUCAAAAAGGAGACGCAGAAUCCGCUGUCAACGAUCGAUAUGUCCCAGGCACAGUCUCAGAACAUUACCUCAAACAAUCAGCAUCCGAAUGGGAUGAUUCUGCCUGCAUCGCAAACCAUUGCGAGCAUCUUGGGGCACCAGAAUCAAUCGGUCCAACAGCAACAACAGCAUCACAAUCAGCAAGGUCCCGCAACCAGCUCCGGAACGCUCAAUGGUGCCAGCACGGGCAAUGCAGUCCCCGGGACCGAGAAGAAAAAGAAAAAGAAGAAAAAGAAACCACCGAAGGAGCGCAAGCCACGGCCGAAACCCGGCGAGAUUCAGGUGCGGACGGCGCUGGACGGAAGCCCACUGUUCCUGUGUCCCGAGUGUCAGAUGGCAUAUCCGGAGCGGGAGCUGCUGGAGCAGCAUCUUAUCGGGCACAAUCUGGAGCGUAGAUUCAUUUGCGAUAUUUGCAACGCCGCCCUCAAGAGGAAGGAUCAUCUGACGCGCCACAAGCAAAGUCACAACCCCGAGAGACCGUUCGUUUGUACGAUUUGUUUGAAGGCCUUCAAACGUAAAGAGCAGUUGACUCUGCACAUCGUGAUUCAUUCCGGCGAGAAGCGACAUAUCUGCCAGGAGUGUGGAAAAGGAUUCUACCGCAAGGACCACCUCCGCAAGCACACCCGUUCGCACAUCGCUCGCCGACUGAAGGCAGAACUGCAAGCCCAGCAGGGUGGUACGGAAACGGGUGCCGCGGCAGGAUCGUCUCGCAGCAAUAAUAACAAUAAUCAAUCGAAUCAAAACCAACAAAACCCAGCUGCCCAGCAACAGCAGGCACCUCCGCAAGCACAACUGCAGCUGCAGCCACAAAGCACAAAUCAACCCCAGCAAUUGCAGCCUCCCCAGUAUCAUCCCAUCCCACCGUCAUCGCAAAUGAUGUCCUAAUGAGAGAAGCGAGGGAUAAGAAAAAUUAAGACAAAAUACAUCCAUUAGUCAUAUUAUUCUAGGAUAUUUAUAAGGAGAAAGAACAAUAAGUGAAAUGAUCUAUAUUGUAGCUGUCGUAGGUCAGCUCUGAACCGGAAGAAAAAAUUCGGGUAUGGUUAUCAGGAUUGGAGUAGAUCCAUCUGCUUGCAUUUUUGGAUAGCCAAUUUCAACUAGGCUUAGUAUGUUUGUGCAAUUUAAAUGUUAUUUUCUAUUUAUUUAUUACAAUAUUUGUAUUUCUGUUUGUUUACAUUCCUUUGUUCCAAUCUAGUCAAAAUUCUAAUCUAUGAACGGAUCGUGUCGCGGAUGGCAUCCAUAGAUUUUUGCAUGUGUGCUAUUGCUUAGAAGAUGUUUCGUAUUUUUAUUUUGUUAUAUUAGAUUAAAUACUAUAUCUAUGGCAAAGUUUAUUUAAGACACCCUAAACCUAAGAAUACUGAUUUUACUUUUAAUAGUGCUGUAGAGCAAGCUGUAUCAAAUCAUUAAAAUUAUA